CAAUCAAUGUACUUACACAUAAAUAGACAUAACAGCUAGUAGGAAUGAGGACAACAAAGCUGGACAAAUGAAGUUAAAAGACAGCAUUAUAAUGUACACAGGGAUGUUGUAGAGUUGGUGUUUACAUAAAUAUAAAAAAGCACCAAUGACCAUUGUUUAAUUUUGCUGAGAUUAUCUUAAUAAUGUAAGGUGUUUCAGCAUUUUGUCCAUCCCCGGUACUUUAACUCCUCCUCUGACACUCUUGGCCAUUAGCUCUCUAUAAAUGUGGAGCCUCUCAUAUUCAUUUGCUUGCCACGGUGCAGAAGAAUCUACAUGAUACAGACACAGCAGGGCAGUACCCAAGUUUACUAAAUUAAUUUAUUACUUAUUGUAGUUUAUCACUUAUUAUUAGACACUUGGAAUUGAAAGCCUAAAGUUAUUUUCUUUACCUUGUUCUUGUAACAACAAACAGAUGGUAAGUAUAUUCUGUAUAGUAUCAAUGUGUUUCAUACAACUUUCAUGUGACUGGAUCUUUUAAAAAAUACAUUUCUAGAUGAAUUGGGAAGAGUAAUAUUGGAAAUCUGUUUUUAAACCUUGUUUCUGGUAGGCAUCUGGUGAGAGAAUGAAUGCUGAUGACUGCAAUGGACGCUCAUAUGCACAAGGUAAUGGAGGAGAGUCAUCAACAGAACAGGAUUUUUAUGGCAGGCUGCAGGGUCCUUCAGCGAAAUCUCCAAACAGUCAGCAGUCCUCACCACACCGCUCCCUUAGUGCAAACUCCAUCAAGGUUGAGCUGUGCAGCGAUGAUGAGUCACCAGGUGCUCAGCAGCCAGAGAACAGAGAGGCUGUGAGGGACGACAGUAGGAGGGAUGACAGGGGAGACCCCAUGGAAGAGGGCAACGUGGAGUACGCUGGGACUGGAAAAGACAGAGGAAGCGUUUACAAUGACAUGGCCAGUCCAAAUGCUGCUUCACCAGGACCUAUACGGCUGCCCAAUGGGAAGCUGCAGUGUGAGGUGUGUGGUAUGAUCUGCAUCGGACCCAACGUGCUGAUGGUGCACAAGCGUAGCCACACAGGCGAGAGGCCGUUCCAGUGCAACCAGUGUGGCGCAUCCUUCACCCAAAAGGGGAACUUGUUGCGCCACAUCAAGUUGCAUUCAGGAGAGAAGCCUUUCAAAUGUCCCAUUUGCAACUACGCUUGUCGCCGGAGAGAUGCCCUGGCUGGACAUCUACGCACACACGCAGCUUCUUCUCCAACGGUGGGAAAACCUUUCAAGUGUAGCUACUGUACUCGCAGCUACAAGCAACAAAAUACUCUCGAUGAACAUCUAGAGCGCUGCCAUAGCUAUUUGAAGAGUCUGGACCAUCAGACAGCUGUCAACGCACAGACAGCACAGGGUGAAGAGUCCGUAAACAUGGAGACGAUCACUAAACCUGUGCUCCAGCCAUCUAAUGAAAAAGUCCAGCUUGUGGAUAGACUGGCUAUUGGCAUCACCACCAAACGCAAGAGGUCAACGCCGCAGAAGUUUCUGGGUGA